CAUUGCAAGGCCGCAGUUGAGUUUGCCGGCGAUGCGGGAAAAACAUUGUCUUCGUUCCACUUAUUGCAAACAAAGAUGCGAGCGCUUCUUCAUUAUCGAGAACGGGGGCGGUGACGAGUCGAAAAUGCGCCUGAAACCUCGGGAUCAGCUGCCUCAAACACCGUAAACGGGAUUCACAUGCCCGAGUCUUCAUCAUUAGUCCGUCCAAACGGCGUCGCCGUGCUCUCAAGUAUGCCAUCCGCAUCGAACGCGAUGCUAACUGCCCCAUUGCUCCACAUAUCCACAUCCAUGUCCCCGUCCGCAUCGCACACACCACUGUUCACACCCGCACGAUCGCCGCCCUCCCUCCCCGACGAACACGACAAUGAGAAAGAGACAACGCUGGGAGCAUUACUGUCAGCAUAUUCGGAUGCAGACGCGGACGGGGAAUAUGAGGAUGAAGAGGAGACCGGCACGGAGAAUCCACAGUCAGCUGGGCUGCAGACAGGCGAAGAAGCCUCGAACGCCGCUGCCACACGAGGUAGUCCUUCUGUCGAUCUAUCAGAAGGCCAAAAAGAAACGAGAGCGAAUGAGGAUCAGAAUGGCGGCGAAUUGAACGAACAUUCGAGUGCUCAAACCCAAGACUCGCGAAUCGAGGAGCCUGCGCCAGUGACGGAUCCAACAGUGCCUGCCGCAAGCGAUAACUUGCUUGUGGAAGACGCACUUCUGCUACUAGAGAUGUCACAACUGGAGCGAACUAGAUCAGACGAAAUUGAUGUCAUUGGUACGGCGCCUAGUGCCUCUGAUUGUAUGCCUUCCGCAGACGGAGCAGAAAAGGCAGUGGCUAUAGACCUUACGGGCGCAGAUUCAGAUGCUGGCCCUGCCGAUCAGAUAGGCUCUGAACAGCUACAGACCGCAUAUACAGCUACGGUCCAUGUCAAGACGCACUUUGAGCCAGCUUUCACCGGGCUUGUAUUCGGCACGGCCAGCGACGCCACUGUCAACACUGCGGCAGUGACGCCAGCGAGCGCGAACGUCGCAUCUUCGUCACAAUCGCCUUUGUCUCGGGGUAUAGCUAAGGAUACAUCGAGGCUGAAUGGAGACUCGUCGCCUUUGUCAGCAAUCACACCUUCACCUUCUCCGGAGAAGAAUACAGAUGGCUCGCAGCUGUCUUCCUACACGGGUUCGCCGUCCCCGGCCCAGCGGAAAGGUGGAAAGUCAGUCUCGAUUACCUUUGGUUCGUCCCCGCUAUCCUCCCUCGAAGCCUCUCCAAGUGGCUUCACUCGGCCUCUUGCACAUGCAGCACCCAGGAAGCCGACCCGCAAUCUCGCAUAUAUCCUCAUACCUCCACUUCCCGCGGACCGUCCGCGGGUGUCGUAUCAACCCGCAGAGCAGUGCGAGGAGCUCAUCCGCGUAGAUGAGGCAACUAAGGAACAGGCCGGGAAAAGAGGGAGGAAGAGCGCAGGGAGGCAGGCGAAAGUUGGUGGAGGAAAGAAGGCGGCGGUGCUGAGCCGGAAGAGCAAGAGCAAAGAAAAGGAGACGGUUCUGGAAAGAGUGGAGGCGAGGCGGAGGCUGACGAAAACGCAAGCGAGCGAGAGGAUCCGGACCCUCAAGGCGACGAUUGCUGCCUGGAGGACGGAAGAACAAGCUCAAACAGAUAGCGGGACGUCCGUAUACAUUUCUGAGGGCGUAUCCGAGACUAUACAAGGAGAUAAAACCGUAAACACUGCGCUUCCGAGCCGACGUCCCACAGUCGAGGCGCAUGCGACUAUGACAGAGUCCGCAAGCAUACAGCCCUCCGCGUCGACUUCUCAGCAGCCCUUACCGGAUCCGUAUCUGUCCCGUUUCGCGGCGCUCAUCCCGCACAAGCGCAAUCCAUCAGCACCUCCUUUCACCCCGCGCAAACGGCCAAAGCUCACGAGCGCUGAGUCAUCCACGACCAAUGUGAUGUCGGAGGCGGGUUCUGCAUCUUCUCCGUCGCACCAGCUAUCGCAUGACAAUGAACCGCAGCUCCAUUCCCCCACCUUGCCAUUGCACUCAGGGGACCCUCUGGAUGAGUACUUCCCCGCAAAGCUCGCGCCACUGGGCGACAUAGACGAGCCGCCGUCGCCGACUGCAAUCGGGUGGUAUGUGACGUUGAGGCACCUGUGGCCGCACGCAGAGUGGUGGAGGACGUGGGUCGCGGAAGAGAGCUCACGAGAGGAAGAGGAGAGGACGAAGCAGAUGAGGGAGGAGGAGGAGGAAAGCGAGGAGGAGGUGCUGGCAACGACGAUGAGGACCAUGCAGAAGAAGAGGGUGGGGAAGGGCAAGGGCAAGGAGAGGAACGGGUAUCCCAUGAAAGCGGCACACCAGGUUGGCCAGGAAGGGGAGCGCUCGCAGCCUUUCCUGUAUCCUUCGUGGCAAGGAGUGGAUCAGGAGGUGGAGAUCAUGCCAGCGAUGGACGAAGUUUCUGCGCGCCCGAGGUUUCGCUCGCUGUCAGAGCUCACGACCGACGAGAGUUACCGCCCACCGACAGAAUCUGAGCAUCUGCUGAGCGACAGUGAGCUGCAUCAACACCUCGCGGAAUACACUCACUUGCAGAUUGAUGCCGAGGCCCGACAUGAUAUGAACGUCGAAAAGGAAGAGGGCAGUUCAUCCAUGGCGCGCAUACCUGCGAUCACAUCUGGGCCCAUCCCUUUGCACACCGGCACGAACGGUGCCUCAGCCGAUAAUGCGGGUGUCCUAGGUCAACCAUACUUCAACGCACAGGGCAGACCAUAUCUGCCGACCCACCUAUCCGAAGUGCACCCUCAGUUGCUCAUGCACACCAAUGCUCUCCCGUUUCAUCAAAUUGCGACCAUGCAAACGGGCUAUCCGCUUUCGUAUCAGCAAGCACAGAUGCAGAUGCAAAUGCAAGAUCAUGAUGCGUAUCAGGCGGGUACGGCUGCUGGCGCCGUUAACCCGUGGAUACACGGUGCGCCUGGUCCCUCGAACGGCCCGUUCAUGAUAGAGGCUGAUGCGGAACAGGAGCUGCCCGAGGGAAACGUCCUCGCAAAGGCCAACAGCGGCCUGCAUCAAAUGCACGAAAACACCGUUGAUCCAACUCCGAGGCCCGAGCAGACCAUCGGGCUUGCGAACGGCACCAUUGAUCCGUCAUUACUUGGAGGCGCGGUUUCGCUUAAAAAGGGGACCAUGAACGGUAGCCAGACAGAGAGGAAAGGAAAAGGGAAGGAAAAGGUGAUGCGGAGCCGAGAGCUCGGUGAUUCUGACCGGUCAGAGCCGUCCUCGGGUGAGGAUGAAGUCGGAUGGGACGACGAGGACCACGAGAAAACUUAUUCGCCUAAACGGAGAUCUAAAUCCAAGCCACAGCAGAGACGAAAAUCAACAUCCAGGUUCACUCCCGUGAGACGUCAGCCGAUAGUGGGUACCUUGACCUCAGAUGGACCUGGGAGACAAGCGAAUAUCUUCGCUGAACCAGAAGUUGUCAUUGGGAAGCGAGUGCGGAAACCGACAGCUCGGGCGCUUGCGAUGCAACGCUCUUCGCCUUCCGAACCUGAUUUCUCCUCUCCGAAUGAAUCAGGCGUUAAGCAGGGUUCAGAUACAGCUGAAGGUGAUGGGUCGAUCGCGCUGUCUGCUUCCGGCGCCAAACCCAAGACGUCGCCCAAGAAACAAUAUCAUGCAAGAGCGCUUACAUUCUGCCAUCAGUGCCGGAGAUCCACUUCUCACGAGAAGAUGCGCUGUACCGAGAUCAAGGAGACUGGUGAAAAGUGCGGGAAACUGUUUUGUGUCGUGUGUGUAGUCAAAAGGUAUCCAGACAUCAAGUUCGAUGCCUAUGCCCAGUCUUUCACCUGCCCUAUGUGCACAGACACAUGUAAUUGUACUGCGUGCACCAGGAAGCGCGGUGAGGAAUACGUUCCUCCACAGCCAGGAAGAGUUAAUUUGGAGACCCUUGACAUCGAACUGCGCGGUCGUACCAAGAAAAAGCCUAAAGCGAUUGUGAAAGGACGGCGAUCGGUGUUGUCUUCCACACGUUUAGUGUUCCCGAAACCACUACCCGCCAAUCGCAAUGAACACUUUCGCAGUGGUACUUACUGGGGUGCAGUGUACACUCUGAAAGGCGAGCGUGUCGGUCAAGGUUUUGUAGGUGAAGAUAUGCGCGGAAUCGUGGUCAAGGCUGCUGGCAACAUUGCUAAUGCCUUUGCCACACCAGCAGGUCCUAGUUCUGGCUCACACCGCAAUCCGGGCGUUAUUGCUCGGUCCUCAAGCUCCAAACAAACGUGGCCUACGGGAAGGGUCUUCAUUGGUACGGCCGAUCCAUCGUGGAAGCUGCACGCAGCUCCGAAGGAUGUGGAUCUGCUGUACCAGGAUGUCCGACCAGGCGUCCGCGCUUAUAUUGGCAGGGGGCGCAAGUCUCUGGAACACCGCACAGAAGGAAAUGGCGAUGCCAGCGAGAGCGAUUCCAGUCUCUCCGAACUCCCAUCAGACGUCGGUUCUGAUGCAGAAGGUCUUUCCGCCUCUCGCCAGCCGUCAGCUGAGGACAUCGGAUUCGCUAUCGCGGAAGCGCUUCGUGCAGCUGGGGCGAAUCCCACUGAUAUGUGCCCGUCCCGUUUGCUUUGAAGGACGAUGGAUGUUGUCUUUGUUGAAUUUCUGCUCCGUUGUAAGCUGUCUUGAGUUGUAUCAAACACCCA